CUGGCGCGCGCACGCAGCAGCCGGACGAAGUGGGAGCGCGCGCCGGAGGAGAUCGAGAGCGCGCGCGGCGACCCGGCCUUAACUAUGGCUCACAGGCCCCAGAGAACCUUCCGGCGGCGCAAAGUGGACUCUAGCGAUAGCGAUGGCGACCAGGAUCCGUCAGCUGAGCCUGAGGCCCAGACCGAGCAGGGGUCCCCGGGCUCGCCGGAGGAAGGUCCGCUCCCCGGAGUCCGCUCUGAGGUGGCGGGGCCGCAGCGCCGGGCCCGGGUCCCUCGGGGCCGGGGUCGAGUCUGGGCGAGCUCCCGACGCACGGACGGCGGCUCGGGUGUCCCAGAAUCCAGAAGAGUUGAUCUAUCAACAGAUGAAGAAGAUGGAACACACCACUCCUCAGAGAGUAAAGAUGAUCAGAGUUCAUCCUCUGACAGCUCUAGCUCUCUGGAAGAAAGAAAAUUUUCAUCAGUAGUUAAAAUCCCCGAUGCAGCUUUUAUUCAGACAGCCCGUAGAAAACGUGAAUUGGCCAGGGUCCAAGAUGACUAUAUUCCUUUGGAUCUAAAACAUCCCUCCACCAGCUCUGCUAUGAAAAGAAGCAGUGAUGAGGAUCCUGAGAGUGAGCCCGAUGACCACGAUAAAAGAAUACUAUUUACCCCAAAGCCCCAAACACUUAGACAAAGAAUAGCUGAAGAAAUAGCAAGCAGAAAUGAAGAAACAAGUGAAAAGAGCCAGGAAGAUGAAAAUCAGGAUAUUUGGGAACAGCAGCAAAUGACAAAAGCAGUAAAAAUCACAGAGGGAAGAGACAUAGACCUUUCCUACAGCAGUGAUUCUCUAACAGUGAAGAAGUUUGCUAUUUCCAUUUCAUUUCCGCCAGUAAAUUUAGAAAUUAUAAAGAAGCAAUUACACACCAGAUUAACAUUGCUACAGAAUACUCAUCGCUCACACCAGAGAGAAUAUGAAAGAUAUGUAGAAGAUAUCAAGAGCUCAAAGAGUACAAUCCAGAAUCUAGAGAGUUCAUCAAAUCAAGCUCUAAAUUAUAAGUUCUAUAAAAGCAUGAAAAUAUAUGUGGAAAAUUUAAUUGACUGUCUAAAUGAAAAGAUUAUCCACAUCCAAGAAAUAGAAUCAUCCAUGCAUGCACUCCUUUUAAAACAAGCUAUGACCUUAAUGAAACGCAGGCAAGAUGAAUUAAAACAUGAAUCAACGUAUUUACAGCAGUUAUCACGCAAAGCUGAGACAUCAACAAAUGGAAGCUUGACUGUAGAUGAAAAUACUCAAAGAAUUUUAGAAGAGGUGGAAUCUCGAAGGUCAAAAAGAAGACAAGCAAGGACAUUUACUGGGAAUUGUAACCAUCAGGAGGGGACAUCGAGUGAUGAUGAACUGCCUUCCACAGAGAUGACUGACUUCCAGAAAAACCAAGGUGACAUUUUACAGGAUCAUGAGCAAGUUUUUGAAGAUGUGGAUGAUGAUUUUUGUAAAAUCCAGAAUAUUUUACUGAAAUUUCAGGAAUGGCGAGAAAAGUUUCCUGAUUCCUACUAUGACGCUUUCAUUGGUUUAUGCAUACCAAAGCUUUUAAAUCCUCUAAUACGAGUUCAGUUGAUUGAUUGGAAUCCACUUAAGUUGGGCUCCACAGGUGUAAAACAAAUGUCAUGGUUCACGUCUAUAGAAGAAUUUAUUGAUAGUAGUGUAGAAGAUACAAAGAAGGACAAUAAUCCUGAUAAAAAAAUUUUGUCUACUGUCAUCAACAAAACAAUUAUUCCUAGACUUACAGACUUCAUAGAAUUCAUUUGGGAUCCUUUGUCAACCUCACAGACAACAAGUUUAAUAACACACUGCAGAGUGAUUCUUGAAGAACAUUCCACUUGGAAAAAUGAAGUUAGUAAAAGCAAACAGGAUUUACUUAAAUCCAUUGUUUCAAGCAUGAAGAAGGCAAUAGAAGAUGAUGUUUUUAUACCUCUGUAUCCAAAGAGCACUAUAGAAGAUAAAACAUCAGCAUAUUCAAAGUUCCAAGAGAGACAGUUCUGGUCGGCUCUAAAGCUCUUCUGCAAUAUUCUUCUUUGGAAUGGACUCCUCCCAGAUGACACAUUGAAAGAGUUAGGACUAGGGAAGCUGCUAAAUCGCUACCUUAUUAUAGCUCUACUUCAUGCCAUUCCUGGGCCAGAUGUUGUUAAAAAGUGCAGCCAGAUAGCAGCAUGUCUGCCUGAAAAGUGGUUUGAAAAUCCUGCUAUGAGGACAUCUAUUCCCCAGAUGGAACACUUCAUUCAGUUUUUAUUACAAUCUGCACAUAACUUUUCUAGAAGUGAAUUCAGCAAUGAAGUCAAGGAAAUAAUUCUUAUUCUCAUGAAAAUAAAAGCUUUGAAUCAAGCAGAAUCCCUCAUAGAAGAAGAUCACCUAGAUCUUAAAUCGCUAAUUAAAGAAGUUUGAAUAAACUUUAUAAGAAAGGACUAAAAUGAGAUUUUAAUAUAGUCACACUCGGUGGCUUUGCUUGAAGAAAAAAAAAAAAAAAGCUGAUGCUCUUUAUUCUCUCUAAUGGAGGGUGGGGUUUACAGAAGAGUGGGCCUCCCUGUCCCCAUCCCCUGCACUCUACCUUCUGGUGACAUGAAAGGCAGCCCUUCCGGAUUCUGGAUUCUGUUGUGUUUGAAAGAAUUAAAUGCAUGGGAGUAGUAAGAAUUCAAUGUGCUUCUUUUUAUUUCUUUCUACUUGCUUUUCAUUUUUAAAAGGGAAUUGGAGAAA